AUGGCAAAAUUGUUUGUAAAUUUUGUAAUUUUCGGCGCUUUUGUCGCUGUUUUAGUUAAUGGAUUUGAUAAAGAGGCUGCUAUGGAUACUUUUGUGGAUAACUUGAGUGAAUGCCAAGAGGAAGUUGGAGCCCAGCAUUCCGAUCUUGAGGAUUUAGUUGAUAAAAAACCCUCCUCUACCAUGGAAGGCAAAUGUUUACGUGCAUGUAUCAUGAAGAAAUACGAAAUGAUGGACGACAAUGGUAAAUUCUCUAAGGAUGUCGCUGAAGCACAUGCUCAGGAAUACACAGAAGGCUCUGAAGAUAAACUGAAAAUUGCUCAUGAAAUAAUUGAUGCCUGUAGCAGCAUCGAAGUAGAUGAUGAUCACUGUGAAGCUGCCGAACAGUAUGGACAAUGUAUGAAGGAACAAGCAAUGGCACACAACAUUGAUGACGCUUUUGGUUAUUAA